GAGAUAGCUCACUUUCACGUAACUCUAUACGCCACUACGGCGGCAUAAAAUGCAGUUUAAGACUCUUCUUUUGGUGACUUGUUGUUUUUUUGUUUCUUUUGUCACUGGCGUCACUUCUCUGAACAUUGCUGUUGUUUCCUCCGGUACUCCCGCACAAUUGUUUAACAUACACCACAUAAUCCAGGCAGCGGAUCAGAGGAAUCAUAAUGUCGUUGUCCUCGUGAAUUCUGAACUUGCGAGUUCCUGUGAAGACUUACUCGGUCGCAGUGUUUGUUUGGCGCUUUUUUGUCCACACCCCGAUUGUCAAAAGACCCAGUUUCUCUUUUCAAAAGCGGCUCAGUUGGCGCUUCGAAAAGAUCGAUUUUCACCAAACGUUGUGCUUGCCGCUGCGUUUGUCACAGAGUCUUUUCUUUUGAGCAGACAUUAUAGUGUUCCUUUGGUAAUGCUUGCUGACACCGGGGCAAAGCGUGAUGUUGACGGUUCUUCCGCUUUUGUUAGUCCUAAAAGUGGCGCGAAGCAGAACGGUUCAUUUAUUGACUCUGUGCUUGAAUCGGUUCGUGGAUUUUACGAAGACGCUAAGAUCUCCGUUGGGUUGAGCUCGGAUGCUGACGUAUACGCGACGCAUCACAUUAUAACACAGGGAAUUCCUGGGCUUGAUUUGGUUGAGAGUAUCUGCCCCAACGUUCACCCUGUCGGAUUCCUGCGCGCUGAUUCAUCAAGUUCCGCUGCUGACCUUGUGACGUUUUUACCUAAUUGGUCACCAACCUGCUCCAGCAGGUUCAUCUAUGCGAGUAUAAGCGCCGAAGAUAGUCGAGCAACCUCUGAAAUCAAAAUCUUGAUGGAAAGAGUGGCUGACGUGACCGACUCCUGUGUGUUGUGGUAUAGCUCGCAGAAAUUUGCGUCUCAAUUGCACGCAAAUGAUGUUUCUGAGAAUAGCAGCCUCACAUUGACAGACAAUGUUCUUGCAUCACCAUCGUUUGUACUGAAUCAAUAUAAACCUUUUGUCGUGAUAUCUGAUUCGAUUGAUGGGGUUUUGCGAGACGCUGUUUUCAUAGAGUCCCCUACAAUUUACAUUGGCACAGAUCAAGCUGAGUGCCAGCAGGUUGAGAAUGCAGGCGUUGGUCACUGUACGACUCGUUCGUCUCUUACACAAGUCGUUUCCGCGACUGUGGCUCUGCAGAACAGCACGGUGGAAAGUGAAAAUAUACGUAGGGCGCGGCGAAUGGGUUUUCUGAUGGGCGGGGCGCGGAAAGCACUGGAUGUGAUAGAACUCGCCGCGCAACUAGGGGCUGAAAACACGGAUUUUUUCUGCGAGUCAGCUAUUUUUGUAUCUUCUUAUGGCUACAACGGAAGUGUCGUUCUGGUGUCCAGUUUUGUUCUCGGCCUUUGUGCUUACGCUUUUUCUUCGGUUUUGCGGUUUUUUUGUUUGCAAACGGAAAGCAAAAGCGCAACACUCUUAGCUUUUUUUUUCGUUCUCUUUUGUCCUACAUCUUUUGUUUCAUAA